UCAUUAACUGGAGCUCGUUCGGUGCCCCGUGUAUUCAUCAACCAGAAGUUCUUUGGCGGUGGCGAUGAUACGGCAGCUGCAGCGAAAAACGGAAAACUUGCACAAGUCCUCAAGGAUGCCCAAGCAAUCUGAAGUGUGA